CACUCCAACUCAUAUGUAAUUGUUCAUGCAGCAAUCACAUUCAUCAGUGGAAAUAUCAUGCACCUGAGCACCCACAUCCAGGGGCAGACUGACAACUCAUGGGGCCCCCAGGCAAUAGGGGAUCAUGGGGCCCCUGUGUCCUUGGCCAAACUCAAAAAAGCCUAUAAAAAAGGUACCAGGGGCAUUUCAUGGGGCCCCCUACUGACCCCGGGCCCUCGGGCAGUGCCCGAGUGCUCAAAUGGUCAGUCCGCCCCU